AUGCCGGUAUUCAACUCCGACCCGCGGAGGGCAAGGUUCCUUACUGUGAUCGCUUGCACCCUCACGGCGCUGGCGUGCGGUACAAAUUAUGGCUACUCUGUAUGGGGUCCGAGUUUCGCCGCGCGGCUCAGACUGUCCGCUACCGAUAGUAACCUUAUCGGAACAAUAGGAAAUCUGGGCAUGUACGCUUUUGGUAUCCCCUCUGGGAUGCUGGUAGAUGCCAAAGGUCCAAGAUGGGGUAUCGCGCUUGGAAUUAUGUCCUUUGCCGUGGGUUACUACCCAAUUGCCAAAGCAUAUGAGGCGGGUCCUGGCGCAUACAGCGUAGCGUUGAUAUGUCUCUUCUCGUUCUUUACCGGUGCUGGAAGCUGUUCAGCAUUCACGGCAUCCAUCAAGGCUGCGGCGCUCAACUUCCCCGAAUCUCGAGGAACGGCAACGGCAUUCCCGCUGGCAGCUUUCGGCCUGAGUGCCCUGCUAUUCGCAGCUAUUGCUCUGUUGCUCCCUCCGGGAACGUACAACUUUCUUAUCUUGCUGGCAACCGGGACUGUCUUGUUACCACUUGUGUCCUUUCCCUUCAUCCGUGUGUUGCCGCCGCACACCUACCAACAUCUUCCGCAGCAGGACCAGCAAAUCCUCCAUAGAACCAGAUCUCCGGGGAGCUCAGACCUUCGGCAUACUCACGAACCAGGUGCGCCAGAGAAUGCCCACAAAAUCCUCCGCUCAUCCAGUACCGGGUCUCACAAUACCGAGGACACUCCUGAAUCAGGGGAGGAGGUUUCCUUUCUCCUCUCCAGACCCUCCAGUGAAGACAUGCACGAGCGUGGAAAUCCGAAGCAUCACGAAUCUGACAGACAUCAUGAAUCACCGCAUUUAGAUAUCAGAGGCUUUGCUCUCCUGCCCCACGCCGAGUUCUGGCAAUUGUUUUCUAUGCUUGGAUUGUUGACGGGGAUUGGCUUGAUGACCAUAAAUAAUAUCGGAAACGAUGCCCAGGCUCUCUGGAAACACUACGAUCCGUCGAUCACACCAUCAUUCAUCGAAAAGCGCCAGGCUGUGCAUGUCUCGGUGCUUUCCUUCUUCAGUUUCGCCGGCCGUCUACUAUCAGGCAUUGGCUCCGAUCUCCUUGUAUCUAAGCUCGGUCGUUCCCGGUUUUGGUGCCUAUUCGCUUCUGCUGUGAUAUUUUGCCUUGCUCAACUCCUUGCAACGGCCAUCUCCAAUCCCAAUCUCUUGAUCUUGGUGUCUGGUUCGACCGGUCUCGCGUACGGCAUCUUGUUCGGUGUCUACCCCAGUCUCGUGGCCCACUGCUUCGGCGUCCACGGGCUCAGUCAGAACUGGGGGACCAUGACGUUGGCGCCGGUCAUCUCUGGCAACAUCUUCAACCUCUUGUACGGUCACAUCUAUGAUUCGCACUCGGUGAGAAACGAGGAGGGCGAUAGGGAGUGUCUAGAAGGCAAGGACUGUUAUAGUUCGGCGUACUGGGUCACACUCUGUGCCGCCAUCCUGGGGGUAGGAUGUUGCCUUUGGAGCAUCUGGCAUGAGUACCGGGUGCACAAGGUGAAGAAAAACAAGGACAGACGGAGGAGUGAUCACGAGAGGAUCGCAUAA